CCCAAAUGCAGUGUCUGUCUCGUCAAGUUCCCACUUGCCAUACCUCUACCGCAAGCCAGUCAUCAGGAUGAUCACCAAGGUCCUCGUUGCCCUUGGCGGAACGCUCGGUGCCUUCGGGUUGUACGAGCUGCUGAAGCUGGUGUACAAGGAGUUCAAUUCGCCCAUCAAGCAUCUCCCAGGACCCAAACCGACGCAUUGGUUCUACGGAAACAUGAGGGAUAUCUUCAGAGCGGAGGCUUCUGUGCUACACGAGCAGUGGGUGCAGGAAUACGGGCCGACGAUCAAGUACAAAGGGUUGUUCGGAAUGAGCCGGCUGUACACCGUGGAUGUCAAGGCUCUCAACCACUUCCUCACGAACAGCCAUAUCUAUCAGAAACCCAAGCAGUCCCGUUUCGCCCUUGAAAUGGUGGUCGGACCGGGUGUACUGGUGCAAGAACAGGACGAGCACAGAAGACAGCGCAAGAUCAUGAAUCCAGCUUUCGGACCACCUCAGGUCCGCGAAUUGACGAGUAUCUUUGUCAACAAGUCAUUGGAGUUGCGAGACGUUUGGGCAAAGCAAGCGAAUGCAGACCCUGUGAAACUGGACGUGAUACCCUGGUUGAACAAAGUGACCUUGGAUAUAAUCGGAUUGGCUGGCUUCAAUUACGAUUUCAACUCUGUCGCAUCGGACGAGGAGACAGAGCUCGCGGCUGCUUUCAAGACGAUGUUCGCAGCUGCCACGAGAAUCAGGCUUGUUGGUAUCCUGCAAGCUGUUCACCCAAUUUUCCGUCAUCUUACCGACGAAACAGGCAGGGCUAUGAAGAGGGCCCAGGCUACCAUGAAUAAGAUCGGAGAAAAGCUGUUGCAGGAUGCUAAGAAGGAGAUCGCGGACAGUGGGACUUACGAGAAGGGGACGCAGUCUAGGGAUCUGUUCUCACUCCUCGUUCGGGCUAACACAGCGAAGGACAUUCCCGCCAACCAGCGCUUGGAUGAUCUGGAUGUUUUGGCUCAGGUCCCCACCUUCUUGGUUGCUGGCCACGAAACGACGAGUACGGCUACGACAUGGGCAUUGUUCGCUUUGACGCAGAGCCCCGCAACUCAGACUCGGCUGCGCGAGGAGCUGCUGAGCGUGUCGACAGACAAUCCUACCAUGGAUGAAUUGAACGCCCUUCCGUAUCUGGAAUGCGUCGUUCGCGAGACAUUGCGCGUGCAUUGUCCCGUGGCUGCCACCGGUAACGGACUCCUCCCAGUCGUUCUCCAAGACGCUCAUUCGAAUUAUGCAGUUCGCGAAGCGGUCCAAGACGAUGUGGUCCCGCUGGCCGUGCCGUUCACUGAUGUCAAUGGCGCGGUACACGACACACUACAAGUGAAGAAAGGACAGACCAUCUUGAUACCCAUUCUGGCACUCAACCGCGACAAAGCCAUUUGGGGCGAAGAUGCUACGGAAUUUAUCGCUGAACGGUGGGAAUCUGGCAACAUAUCCAACUCGAUCCCCGGAGUUUGGGGACAUAUGAUGACGUUCCUCGGCGGUCCGAGAGCGUGUAUUGGCUAUCGGUUCUCUCUCGUCGAGAUGAAAGCGCUUCUUUUCACGCUGGUCCGCGCCUUCGAGUUCGAGUUGGCCGUGCCGAUCGAGGACAUCGGGAAGAAGUCGACUAUCGUUCAACGGCCUAUCUUGAAGAGCGAUCCUAAAGCUAAGCACCAGCUCCCGUUGAUCGUCAAGCCUCAUGUGCGUUGAGCGGUUGACUAUGUUGUAUUUUAUUGGACGAUCUAGUUUCUCGUGGAUAUAAUUUAUCGUAUUGAGAGGGCCUGGAAAACUUCACAUCCAUCUCAAUGUUUUUCAAAGUCCGACGUUGUCAAUCAGGCACAAAGGAAAGC